UACUCUCUUUUCACGGUAAACAAUUUCUGAGUUUGAGUAAGUAAAUCCCCCCUACGAUGGAUUUAGUUUGCCAUCCUCAUUGCAACUCCACAAAUUUGCCAGAAACUAAAGUUUAACAAUCAAUUUGUUAGCCACUUCAAAAGUUUUCAGUGACCAUUUCUACAAUUAGCACGGAUGGGAAGACCCUAGUCCACGUGGCACCACGGAUGCCAUUGCUUUUUUUUUUUGUUCAUAAGGAGUGCCGUGGAGGAUGGUCGGUUCGAUUCCGGCAUCUUCCUCUCCCUCUUUUCCUCAAAUCAAACUCUGCAGCCAUUUUUGCUGAAAUUCAACCAAAUCUUUCCCCUGCUCACCAACUAUUUCCCUCAAUUAAUCCUUUGUAGCUAGCCAUCUCCCAUAACCCUCCUCCUCCUUCUUCUUCUUCUUGGAUCUUCUUAAAACUCCUUAUUUACCCUAGCCAGCAGCCCCCAUCUUGCAGCCACAGGAAAACCCCCUAAGGUUUUUCUCCCUCUUCUUCUUCUUCUUCUUCUCAUUUCAACUUGCUCGCCUAAAAUUCGUUCUUCAAUCUUAAUCGGUUCGAAUUCAGUGUGUUGUGGAUGUUGUACUCCGGUUCCUAAUUACUAGUUGAGAGAGAAGGCGGCGAUGAACGAUGAUGAGAAGAAGAAGAACAACAACAACAUCAUCAUCAACACUCUUCCGAAUCACAGCAACAAGGAAACUAGGUCAUCAUCAACAAGCAACAACAGUUCUGCUACGACGACGACGACAACAACGACAUGGUUGAGGCAGAAAGAUCCGCGGAUAGUGAGGGUGUGCAAGGCGCUGGGAGGGAAAGACAGGCACAGCAAAGUCUGCACCAUCAGAGGGCUGAGGGACAGAAGGGUUCGGCUCUCCGUCCCCACCGCCAUCCAAUUGUACGACCUCCAAGACAGGCUGGGCCUCACUCAGCCCAGCAAGGCCGUCGACUGGCUCCUCAACGCCGCGAAAUCCGAGAUCGACGAGCUCCCUCCUCUCCCCAUCUCCCCCUCCCAGUUCUGCCUCAACCCCAACAACAACACCAACAACACGAUGAUCAAUUGGGCCGAGAUUUCGCAACAACAGCAACAACAGCUGUGGUGGAGUAGCAACGCAGGUGCUGGCACCAGCAGUACUGCUACUCCACCAACCAACAACAUCGUCCCGACGGCUGAAAUUUUCAGCCGUCGGGGCGAUGGUAUGGAAGAGAAGGAAGAAAACGACGAAGGUGAUCGAGACAUUAUUAAUGAAGUUCAUGAUCAACAAGGAUAUUAUGAUAGUCUCCAGGCUCAGGCUCAGAAUCCCAACAAAGUGACAACUAUGUUCAAUUUGGGAAGUGGGCAUCCAGGGUUUGGAGGAUUAUCCCAAACAAAAGAUGAUCAUCCUCAUCACCACCACUAUCACCAACACCAACAACUACUUCAUCAUCUUCAUCAUAACCAGCACCAAAAGGAGAACAUGGAGAUGUCGGCGCCGUUGUCCUUAUCCAACAACACUUACUACCCUCAACAUCAUUUAGCAGCUGCUGCGGCGGCGGGGGAGAACGAGGUUGGCCCAGCGGUGAGAUACGGUGACCACGGGAGUAGUAACCAGAUGCUGAUGAGCAGCAGCAGUGGUGGUGCCGCUGCGGCGGCGGCGGCGGCGUACUUCAAUAUAGAUCAUCAUAGCCGUAGUUCACCGGCGGUCAUGCCGUUUCAUCAGCUCACCGAGCUUAGUAUGAUGAGCUCCAGAUUUCCCCACUCUCAUCAUCGGCAACCGUCUUCGUCGGACGAUGACCGGCGUGGCGGUGGCCAGGAGUUCCAUCCCUCGCCCUAGUGACGACGUACUAUAUACAAUAUAACUACCAGCGAGUCGAAGCAAUGAAUGCUAGCUCUGCAAGUGACGGCGAAAGAUGAGGGGAAGGCUAGGCUUUUGGUUAUGUGAUGAAAGGUACAAAUUAGUUAAUUCUCAACAGUCACAUCAUCUGCUAAUUGUGUUGCAGCAAUUUUUGAUCGUCUUAACUUCGUUGGGACAGUGUUUACAGCUUUUUCUUUCCUCAAGAAACGAACUCUUAUGUGUUCUUAUAUGAUGUAAGAUUAGUUAUAUCCGUGUGUGUUGGUGUUUUACCCCCCCUAAGUUUGAGAUGAAUUCCUAUUCAUUCAACAAUAUAUGAUUUUAAUCAAAUUGCUGGUUUAAACAUGUUCCUCUAGUUCAUGAUUUUGGGUUUAUAUUAUAUAUAACUACGUAUAUCUUCUUCUUUAUUAUUGAAAAAUGCUUGUGAUAGUUGGCAAAGGCUAGCAUAGUAAUAUAGACAUGUCUUCUUAAUCACAUAUUAGAUGUCCUUCAAUGAAUUGGAAUUGUUGAU